AUUUUCAUUUUCACGGUAAACAGCGGUUAACAUGGAUGAACAGAACGAAUUAGAGCGAAGUAUUUCAGACGCAAUUGAUGAUGAACCACAUCAGAACGCGAGGACAGAAUGUCGCAAACGUGUCUUUCUUUUUAAUUGCGACAGUACAUACAGUUUAGACUCGGUGGAGAAAUUGCUUCUUAACAUGAAAGGCGAUAUCAGACAAGAACUCAGCUUCGACAUCGUCAAGACAAGUUUUCGCCUUUCUGAAAUGUCGCAUGUGGCUGAAAAGGCCAUUCCUAAACUACAAAUGGAUGUUGCCUUUUUUGUGGUUCAUGCGAAUGAAUCUCGUCUUUCCAUAAACGAGGAAAAUGCUGGAAUCGGUUAUGCGAAGCUCUAUAAAGCCUUACUCCAAGCCACUGGUAAAUCAAUGACGUAUUCUUUUAUUUUUUUCAAACAAUAGUUCUAUUUUGCCAGUAGUGAUUGAAAAAAUACGUAAUGAUUUUACAGUCCGAGCCAGAAAUGUUUGAGGAAGACAUGAUAUCAUUUACUGGUGACAGAUGCACGAUGAGAUUUCUCUUAGAAGCAGUUUUAAUUUGUAAACAAAAGACGGCCAUUCCAUUUCUAUUUUAACCUACGUUGGAGUCGGUGGCGUGACUUAAGCGAUUGACUCUCAAAAGCUUUUGUUUGUGCAGUCAGCGAAUGAUUAAUCGUUCUUUUUUCCUUUAACCAGGCGGAAAGGUUAUAGUUGUUAUUGGCGGAGACGAUCACUACAAGAAUCAAGAUGAAGAAGAAUCAUCUCUGAUAUCGCGUUGGGCCAAGAGAAAAGUUUCCUCACAGUUUACAGAUGAGUUUCUUGACGGAAGGAAAAGCUUCAUCUUUUCGUGGAACAAAACUUACCGAAAGAUUCACGAGGAAGCGCUAUUGCAUUAUUUUGACUCGAGUAAGAGAGGACAGAAGUUUGAAAGGAAGCCAAAUGAUCAGCCAAGAGUGCCUGAGGAAACUCUUCACAAGACACCCGUGACUGUGAAGCCGGUAGCGAAAGAGCACGAGCAAUUUACGGAUGAUCCACAUGCAAGGGAUAUAGCACGCAGUUCAUCGGAGAAAGAAGUAAACAAACAAUCGUCUGUGUCGGAGAUGAGGUGUUAUGACAAAGAAGAUAAAUUGAAAGAAGAAAGAAAGAGUGGACAGAAGUUUGAUUGGAAGCCAAAUGAUCGGCCAGGAGUGCCCCAGGAAACUCUCCACAAGACACCCGUGACUGAGGAGCCAGGAGCGAAAGAGCAUGUGCAAUUUACAGAUCAUCCACAUGCAAUGGACAUUACGCACAGUUCAGCGGAGAAAGAAGUAAACAAACAAACGUCUGUGUCGGAGGCGGGGUAUUAUGACAAAGGAGAUAAAUUAAAAGAAGAAAGAAAGAAGGGCACAGAGAGUGAAGAUCUUGAAGAUAACGGGAAUGGACUCUCGGAAGGCUGUAUCAGAAAAAUCGCUUCGAGGAAGGCAACAGAAACAAAAGAUGUGUCGACUUCUCAUUCACAAGUUACAGGCACAAUGAACAGCGAUGGCUUUGUCGUAAAUAAGGAUCACCUUACUGGUGAGGAAUGAAGUUACUAUAUGAGAAUAUUGAUGUGUUCAAUUUUGCUUUUUUGAUGGGUUGGUUUUAUUUUGAGUUGACACAAGUUUUUUUGUAUUUUUAUGAAUACGUCGAUGAAAUCUCCGUCACAUGAAGUUAGAUUUUUCUAGAACCAUUGAUUUUCCAGUAAGUAUCUAUCUUAUGGAUGCUUCAAUUUAGUUCGAUUAAGAGAGGUGAUUUUGUCGAUUUUUUUUCAUUUGAUGUUAUUAACUAGGAAAUAUAGAAGACAAUAUUCUUCCAUUAUUAUGCGUUAGGGGUCUAGUCUGUGUGAAUUGUUUUUCAGAUUUAUUGAAGUCCUCACAUAUUCAAGGUAGUGUGAAUUAUAUACACAAUAUCUUCGUUUUCUAAGAGUAUUAACUUGGGCCGACGUAAGUUUCGGUUUUUGAAUGCUGUCUGAAAUAAUGUACUUCAUAUCUCAGAGAGAUUUAAGUCCUUCAGUACGUUUACAUUUGUUAUUUAAUGUUCUCUACCUCAUGAAAACCAAUUUUCUUCUCGCCUAACGGAUAUAUUAAAUAUUUCAGAGUCGGAGGCGGGAUAUUAUGACAAAGGAGAUAAAUUAAAAGAAGAAAGAAAGAAGGGCACAGAGAGUAAAGAUCUUGAAGAUAACGGGAAUGGACUCUCGGAAGACUGUACCAGAAAAAUCGCUUCGAGGAAGGCAACGGAAACAAAAGAUGUGUUGACUUGUCAUUUACGCGAUAUUGGCACAAUAAACAGCAAUGGAUAUGUUGUGGUAAAUAAAGAUGACCUUGCUGGUGAGGAAUGAAGUAACUAUUUGAGAGUAUCGAUGUGCUUAAUUUUACCUUAAGCUAUUGAUAGAUUUGUUUUUAUUUUGAGUUGACACAAGUUUUUCUUUAUUUUAAUGAAUACUUCAAUGAAAUCUCCGUCACAUGUAGUUAGAUUUUUCGAGAAUUAUCGAUUUUCAAAUAAGUCUUUAUCCUAUGGAUAUUUCAGUUUAGUUAUAUUAAGAGAGAUGAUUUUGACGAUUUUAUUUUCAUAUGAUUUCAUUGGCUGGGAAAUAUAGAGGACAAUAUUUGUUCCAUUGUAACACUUUAGGGGUCUAGCUCGUGUGAAAUGUUGUUCCUCGUCCAGAGGGUGGAUUGAGGUCCUUACAUAUUUAAGAUACUGUGAAUGUUAUACACAGCAUCUUCCUUUUCUGAGAGUAUUAACCUAGGCCGACGCAAGUUUCGGUUUUUGAAUGCUAUCUGAAAUAAUGUACUUCCAAUCUCAAAGAGAUUCUAGUUUCUCAGUUCGUCUACAUUUGUUAUUAAAUGUUCUCUACCUCAUGAAAACCAAUUUUCUUGUCACAUGUUUAGUGAACACAACACGUGUAAGCGAUAUUUUAAACUUUUCAGGGAUUUCCGAGGAAGAGCAAAUGAACGGCAGAACAAAACAUGGGACGCUGAUGAUGAAAUCUUUAGUGCGAAAUGGCUGCCUCUCCUAUAGAGACGAUGAGAUGGUAGUGAACCCGCAAUGGAUACCACCGGGUGGAUUUAUACCACAUAUAACUGAGCAGCUACAACAUAUGGCAGAAGCUGAAGUGAUAAUCUACCGUAUGGAGGAGACAGGCGCUUUGAUCGUUUUUACAAGAGAGGUUUCCAACUUGUCGGUCGUUUAUGACAUGAUAACAUAUUUUUGGCACAUGAUGACCGGGAUGUUUGACCGUGUCUACAAUCUGUUUCUUUAAGAUAACGAUAUUGAAAGGCAGCUCAAUAAACUCCAGAACUGAAGCACAAAAGUUAAUUCACCAUUUUAAACAAGCGGCAAGAGCCCUUAACCCCCUCCCUCCCUUCCCCCUUUUGUAAAUAAUUAUAUGCUAGAACCAUGUAUAUGUCUUCAGAACUUUUUAGGUUGGUGAAAGUCAGUACUCAAAUAGUAAUCUGGUUGACGUUAGGGUAACGUAAACGUAAAACUUAGUUUAUUGAAAACAUCGAAAGCUAAGAUCCUCUUCGGAAAGUUUGUCUCCAACUGGAAGUUGUAGACUGCCUGAUUACCCUCUCUAGCUAGUGAGGUGUCAAUUUAGGUCUAAAAUCCAAAUGGUUUAAAUGGCUUCAGAGACAAUGGCCGGAGCCUAAUGACUUUAAACUCAAGUUGAUGGAAAUAAUAGGUCAUUUUUUUUUGCCUCUAGUUGAGCAGGUACGAUGUAAGUUCUGGUUAAACUUAGAUUAGAAGCAUAUUUACAAAGAGAGGUGACAGCUUUUAAAUAUGUAGGGAAUUAUUAAAAAAGGGGUUUCAAGAAAAUUGACCUUUUCUAAGCAUUUUAACCCUACUUUUCACAAUAUUUUUAUGCCAUUGUUAGCAUUAUUUUAGAUUGUAUUUUAUGAUCCUGACUUAAAUGGCUUUUGUGAAUUCUAAACUUUUUAUUCAUAUGUUAUAGUAUCUACUUAAAAAUAUAAUUUAAUUCAUGUGAAACACCUG